CCCCUCACGUGACCGGGCAGCGAUGGCGGCGGAGGAGCAGCGGGCGCUGCUGGAAGGGGAGGGGGACGGAGGUGGAGAUGGGAAUGGAAAUGGGGGAUCCCAGGAGCCCCCCCGCAACCUGCCCGCCGCCUGCGACCCCCGCCGCCUCCCGCACCGCCUGAUCGUGCUCUCCCUCAUGUGCUUCCUCGGCUUCGGCAGCUACUUCUGCUACGACAACCCUGCAGCUCUGCAGACACAGGUUCAGAGGGACAUGAAGGUGAACACAGCCCAGUUCAUGGCUCUCUAUGCCUGGUAUUCCUGGCCCAAUGUGGUUCUUUGCUUCUUUGGAGGUUUUCUCAUAGACAGAGUGUUUGGAAUACGGUUGGGCACUAUAAUAUUCAGCAUCUUUGUGUGUGUUGGGCAGGUGGUUUUUGCUCUGGGAGCCCUGUUUAACACCUUCUGGCUGAUGGACGUGGGCAGGUUCAUAUUUGGGAUUGGUGGGGAGUCCUUGGCAGUGGCCCAGAACACCUAUGCAGUGAGCUGGUUUAAAGGCAAGGAGUUGAACUUGGUGUUUGGGUUACAGCUCAGCAUGGCCAGAGUUGGGAGCACAGUGAACAUGAACAUCAUGGGCUGGGUCUACUCAAGAGUUCAAGAUCUCCUGGGUCACACUGGUCCCAGCACUCUGGGCUUGGCUCUGAUGAUAGGGGGUGUAACCUGUCUCUUCUCCCUGACCUGUGCAUUAAUCCUGGCUUACCUGGACAGGAGAGCAGAGAAACUGCUUUGUAAAGAGCAAGGGAAAACAGGUGAAGUGAUCAAGCUCACGGAUGUGAAGGAUUUCUCCUUGUCCCUGUGGCUCAUAUUUGUCAUCUGUGUCUGUUACUAUGCAGCAGUUUUUCCUUUCAUAGGACUUGGAAAGGUUUUCUUUAUUGAGAAAUUCAGCUUCUCACCUCAAGAAGCAAGUGCAAUUAACAGCAUUGUGUACAUCAUCUCAGCCCCCAUGUCCCCAGUUUUUGGCCUUCUGGUGGAUAAACUUGGCAAGAACAUCAUCUGGGUUCUGUGUGCUGUGAUAACCACACUGGCCUCUCACAUCAUAUUGGCUUUUACCUUCUGGAACCCCUGGAUAGCAAUGUGUCUGCUGGGAGUGGCCUAUUCCCUGCUGGCCUGUGCCCUGUGGCCCAUGGUGGCCUUUGUUGUCCCCGAGCACCAGCUGGGAACUGCCUAUGGCUUCAUGCAGUCCAUCCAGAACCUGGGGCUGGCAGUGAUUGCCAUAGCAGCUGGAAUGAUCCUGGACACAAGAGGAUACUUGUUUCUGGAAGUUUUCUUCAGUGCUUGUGUUUGCUUGUCACUGAUAGCUGUGGUCAUGCUGUAUUUUGUGAAUCACCUCACAGGUGGUGACCUCAACUGGUCUGCGAAGAAAAGGGAAAAACUGCAAAAAGCAGCUGCCUCUGAAAAAGAAAGUUGAAUAGCAAAUGCCAUCCCGGAGUGGGGAACAUUGCUCAGCUCCAGGGCAGCUGGAAGAGUGCCAGUGUUUAGUUUGCACCCUGCACAUAGUCCUGGGGAAGAUUAUCCACCCUCUGGGGGGGUUACAGCAAAUGCCUCCGUUUUUUUAAGCUUUGUAACCAGUUUUAACUAAUGCCAAAUCAUCUUUUAAUUGGGUUUAGAGCCUUUUGCACUGUUGGAGCUCUGCCUUGGUGCUCUGCCAUCCAAGACAAGCACAUUCAUCUUAGGACAUUUUCUAUCAGACUUUCUGUGCUGCACGUGUUGGUGGGGUGGAGAUUUCUUCAUAAAAUGGUAUUUUUUGUCGUGAUUAAGCUCAUCCAGAGCUUGGAAACGGGUCACUGUUGCUGCUUUUGUCACUGUCUUAAUGCAAACCACUGUCUGAAGUGUAUUUACAGCUUGGGGUCUGGUUCUCUUUAACACUCACAUGGACCAAGAGCUACAAAUGCUCUGCUCAAAUUGCCUUUUUUUGGUAGGAGAUUUAAGAACUCUGCAGACUGCUGAGCAGUCUCUUAUUGCCUUCUUGACAAUUGAUUCUGUUUGUAUUGUAAUCUUUAUUUCAAGGGGUGAAACUUGUUUAAUAGCCAGUAAAAGCUGUUACAGAAGCUCACUGAGCAGGUUGUAAUCUGGGAAAAAAACCCAGAAGGUUUCUCUUUUUACUGAAAUCUUGGAGUCUAAAUAAAAGGAAACUGCAGAAAACA